AUGAUCAUUACAGUCUGUGAGUCUGUGAAGUGUGGUUUAUGGUGUAUGAAGUGCUACAUCGGCUGGUGGGGGCAUCACACAGGCAAGUGCAGCGGGGAGCAGAAGAAGUGCGAUUGUAUACCUGGCUUGAAGCAAGAUGUGUAUUAUCAAGGAGGAGACAAAGGUUCUGUGUUUGUCCCAGAUGUUGAACAUUGUCAGCUAGUGUGCACCUUCAACCCACAUUGUAUUAUGUUUUCUUACCUAAAUGCCAGCUGGCCUAAAGAAACUGAAAGAUUUUCAUGCCUUCUAAAGGACAGCGCUAAACUAUCUCUACCAGAAAUAUCAAUACGUGGAGCAGUUUCAGGACACUCUUUGAAACAUUGCACAACAAAAAUAUACACUUGCAGGGAUAAGCUUUUCCCAGGACUGGACAUGCUGGGGACGAACUACAACACUAGCAAAGUAACAAACAUGGAGCAAUGCAAGAAGCACUGUACCAAUGAUAUUCAUUGUCAGUUCUUUACAUAUGUUUCAGAGACAUUCCAUGUUGCACAACAACGAAACAUGUGUUACUUAAAGUACUCUGGGAAAGGAACACCAACAAAAAUAAGACACCUAGCCAAUGUCAUAUCCGGCUUCUCAUUAAAGUCCUGUGGAAUAUCUUCUCUAGGUUGCCAAAGAGAUUUGUUUCAAAAAAGGGAAUUUUUUGGAAACACUCUUACAAGUGUGAUUGCUCCUGACGUAAACAUGUGUCAGAAGAUUUGUACAUUCUUUCCAAACUGUCUAUUUUUUACAUAUUUAACAAAAGACUGGCAAGAACCAUUGAACAGAAAUCGUUGCUAUAUUAGGACAUCCAAAAAUGGACAACCAACUGAAGCACCCAACAAAGACAAUGCGAUAUCAGGCUUUAGUCUCCAAUCCUGUAAAACCAGACCUUCAGUUUGCCCUUUGCCAGUCAUUUCCAAUGCAGACUUUGCUGGCACUGACCUGCAUGUAGAAGUAGUCAGUGGAGAAAAAGAUUGUCAGCAACGCUGCACCAACAACAUACGUUGUCAGUUCUUCACCUAUAGAUCGGUUCAAUCAGAGUGCAUUCGAAAAAAAUGCAAAUGCUAUUUAAAGAUGUCUUCUAAUGGGUUACCAACAGCAAUAGAACAUGGCAAAGGAGGGAUUUCAGGAUUCUCGAUGAGACUGUGCAAGACAAGAACAGUUAGAGGAUGUGGACAACCUGUUGAUGUUCAGACCAGAAUUGUAGGUGGUAGAAACAGUUCUGAAGGGGAAUGGCCAUGGCAAGUGAGCAUGCACCUCAGGCUAGACCCGUCUAACAGCAGACAUGUAUGUGGAGGAUCUAUUAUCAACAACCAAUGGAUAUUAACAGCUGCCCACUGUGUGCACAUUUGGCACCUUCCUAGAUUUUGGAUAGUUUACAGUGGCAUCACAAAGUUGUCAAACAUCACUACAGCUACAACCAAGUCUGAGAUUGAGCAAAUCAUAAUUCAUCCAAAUUAUAUUGGUGCAGAAAAUGGCAGUGAUUUAGCACUGCUAAAGCUAAACACACCUAUAACAUACAGUGACUAUCAACAAGCCAUCUGCCUUCCACCACGUCAAGACUUCAUAACUUCUAGCAAGUGCUGGACAACAGGAUGGGGAUACACAGAAGAGUCUGGCACUACUGCAGAUGUGCUUCAGAAAGCAGAGGUGCCACUAAAGUCAAGUAUGGAAUGUCAAAGUAGCUAUCCACACGUGAAGCUAAAUGACAAGGUUAUUUGUGCAGGAUACAAAGAGGGCAAAAUUGACUCAUGUAAGGGGGACUCUGGUGGACCACUAACAUGUGACGUUGACAAGACUUGGUAUUUAACUGGUAUUACCAGCUGGGGAGAAGGAUGUGCCCAGCCAGACAAGCCAGGUGUUUACACAAGGGUCACAGAGUAUAUUGACUGGAUUGUAGAACAGACAAGCAUAGUCAUUUAA